AGUGUAGUAUCUACUUUAAUUCGCUCGCUAAACAAAAUGAUCUUUAUUAACCGUGUCUCAACUCUUGUGAUUCUUCUCAACACUGUUUUCGGAGACAGUGUGACUUUCACAUGGAAGCUUGACGCUAGUGGAACUGCUAUCGACGGCUAUGAGCCAAAAAUCGGUGAAAACACACGUGUUGAUCUGAAUGAGGAUUCAGGCUCUCUUUCAGGGUAUAUUGACGAUCAAGGUCAAUUUAUUGUUGAUGGAAAGACUAUGGGUAUUGGUAAGAACUAUUUAUCAGCCGAAGCACAGUCGAGCUCGUGGAUUGUUGCAGAGCCAUUUACAAUUGUUGAUGGGUAUUUGAAGCUGUAUGGUUCUGAUUUCCAUGCCGUUCCGAAUGGUGACGACGAUGGUUAUGUUUUGGGUUCUAUCAAUGCUGCUGCAAAGAGAUCUGAUAUGAUUCCGGUUAAAAUCAAAGCCCAAGGGUCUGAUGGUAGUGCAGUUGCAGAUUACGAUGCAUCCUCUACAAAAACCACUGCUGACAAAACCACUGCUGAAGAAACCACCGUUGAAACAUCCGCAGAGGAAACCACAACGUCUCCAACAAUCUCCACUUACGACAACGGGGCCCUGAAGACUGCCUUCUCCGCUAUCAACGUUGGAGCUGUUCUUCUCGCCCUCUUGUGAGGAUGUCUCUUCAUCUUCUGUAAAACAUCUAAGCUUAGAUCACGCUGUUUAUGCCCAUAAUGUCUUGAAUAUUACCCAAAUUCGCCUGAUCAAACAAAAUAGAGCCUCUUUAUAGUCCUAUACACCAUCUAGGACUGCAUAGACUCACUUGCUAGG